UGCGCACAAUCCUAAGUCUUGUCAAGGUGGUUUUAAAUCAUGAUGCAGGAUUCUGCCACUGAGACAAUAAGCAACAGUUCAAUGAGUCAAAAUGGGAUGAGUUGUCUGAGCGGCCAAUUAGACGCUGGCACUCGAGACGGAAGAUCAAGCGGGGGUGACGGCGGGAGUGAGGUGAGCACAGUGGAGCUUCUGCAUCUGCAACAACAGCAGGCUCUUCAGACUGCCCGACAGUUGCUCCUCCAGCAGAGCAGCGGCCUCAAAUCUCCAAAGAACAACGACAAACAGCGUCCGCUGCAGGUGCCCGUGUCGGUGGCCAUGAUGAGCCCCCAGGUGAUCACCCCCCAGCAGAUGCAGCACAUCCUCCAGCAGCAGGUCCUCUCCCCGCAGCAGCUCCAGGCCCUGCUCCAGCAGCAACAGGCCGUCAUGCUGCAGCAGCAACAUCUGCAGGAGUUUUAUAAGAAGCAGCAGGAGCAACUUCAUCUGCAGCUGCUCCAGCAGCAACACCCGGGCAAGCAGGCUAAAGAGCAGCAGCAGUUAGCGGCGCAGCAGUUGGUGUUCCAGCAGCAGCUCCUCCAGAUGCAGCAGCUCCAGCAGCAGCAGCACCUGCUGACCCUGCAGAGGCAGGGCCUGCCUAACCUUAACCCCGGCCAGGCCUCGCUGCCCAGACAGCCACUGCAGCAAGGUUGGGCCCCCUCGGAGCUGCAGCAGCUCUGGAAGGAGGUGACCAGCUCUCACAUGGACGACGGGGGCCUGAAACACAGCGGCCUGGACCUCACCACCUCCAACUCCUCCUCCACUACCUCCUCCACUAUCUCCAAAGCGUCGCCGCCCAUCUCCCACCACCCCCUGGCCAACGGGCAGGCGUCUGCGUCAACGCCCAGCAGAGAGAGCUCGUUACAUGAGGAGCAGAGUGCCUCGCACGCCCUCUACGGCCACGGAGUGUGCAAAUGGCCCGGCUGUGAAAGCAUCUGCGACGACUUCGGACAGUUUUUGAAGCACCUUAACAACGAGCACGCGCUUGACGACCGGAGCACCGCGCAGUGUCGGGUGCAGAUGCAGGUGGUGCAGCAGUUAGAGAUCCAGCUUUCUAAAGAGCGUGAGCGUCUUCAGGCGAUGAUGGCCCACUUGCACAUGAGACCCUCCGAGCCCAAACCGUCUCCUAAACCGCUCAACCUGGUGUCGAGCGCCACCAUGUCGAAGAACCUACCCUCCGCCUCCCCUCCCAACUUACCUCAGACCCCCACCACGCCCACGGCCCCCGUCACCCCGCUGUCCCAGGUGCCCUCCGUCCUCAGCGCCGCCAGCGUGCCGGGGGUCGGCGCCAUCCGGAGGCGGCACUCCGACAAGUACUCCGUGCCCAUGUCCUCAGAGAUCGCCCCAAAUUACGAGUUCUAUAAGAACGCGGACGUCCGUCCUCCGUUUACGUAUGCAACCCUCAUAAGGCAGGCCAUCAUGGAGGCCGGGGACAUGCAGCUCACUCUUAAUGAAAUCUACAGCUGGUUCACGCGGACGUUCGCCUACUUCAGACGCAACGCCGCAACCUGGAAGAACGCGGUGCGGCACAACCUGAGCCUGCACAAGUGCUUUGUGCGCGUGGAGAACGUGAAGGGGGCGGUGUGGACCGUGGACGAGAUCGAGUACCAAAAGAGGAGGUCCCAGAAGAUAACGGGGAGUCCCACGCUAGUUAAGAACCUCCCAUCCAGCCUGGGCUACGGAGCGGCACUUAACGCCAGCCUACAGGCUGCCCUGGCGGAGAGCAGUUUGCCCAUGCUGGCCAACCCGGGGCUGAUGAGCAGCAGCUCCACCGGCCUGAUGAACUGCAGCUCCGUCCUGCUGCAGUCCCCCACGGACGACAUGAACGGCUCCCUCGAUCACCUGGACACCAACGGCCACGCCAGCCCCGGCUACUCUCCACACGCGCACAUGGCGCAGAUUCACGUCAAAGAAGAGCCGCUAAACAUGGAGGACGAGGACUGCCCGAUGUCGCUGGUGACGACAGCCAACCACAGCCCGGAGCUGGAGGACGAGCGGGAGCUGGAGGAGGGGAAUCUGUCGGAGGACCUGGAGUAGCGCCUUCAGGCCGGACCCCACAGAACCAACAGAACCCCGCAGACUUUACUGUGACUAUUUAUUGAGCAUGCAUCACGGAGCCGGCCCGGAGGAACUCUUUCUGAAAGCCCUCCGGGAAGCAGAGAGACGGGGUACGAACUGCUCGCUUUUUAACCCACAAAGACUUGGUUCCUUACAGACUCAGAAUGGCCUGGCCAUGCGCGAGGGGGGGAAGAUAAAGGAAA